AUGGUGGUGAUAUUUCAUACAGGAAAUGGUGACCGCUCUAUUCCAGAAGGUGAUGGUGAAAAAAAAAACGAUUCUUCAGAAAACUUAAGAGACAGUUCUUCCCAGAAAAAUUAUCGUAUAAACUUGGAUUGGAGAGAGUUCAGAGCAAAGCUAUAUACUGGGUGGCAGGGAGAACAAGCGGAAUCUGAUGCUCAGAACCAAGGUGGGACUCCCUACCAAUCGAAACCUCUUGGCCUGAAGUGGGCUCAUCCUAUUUCUGUACCUGAGACAGGCUGUGUCCUGGUUGCCACAGAAAAGCUUGACGGAGUUCGCACCUUUGAAAGAACUGUUGUUCUUCUCCUCAGAUCAGGAACCAGACACCCAGAAGAGGGGCCAUUUGGAGUUGUUAUCAACAGGCCACUCCACAAAAGGAUCAAACACAUGAAGCCCACUAAUCUUGAUCUUGCAACCACAUUUUCUGAUUGUUCUUUGCAUUUUGGUGGGCCUCUCGAGGCAAGCAUGUUUUUGUUAAAAACAGCGGGCAAGACAAAGCUUCCUGGGUUUGAAGAAGUGAUCCCUGGCCUUUGUUUUGGUGCUCGUAACAGCCUGGAUGAAGCUGCUGGGCUAGUAAAGAAGGGUCUUGUUAAGCCCCAGGAUUUCAGAUUCUUUGUUGGAUAUGCUGGGUGGCAGCUGGAUCAGUUGACAGAGGAGAUUGAAUCGGAUUAUUGGUACGUGGCUGCUUGCAGCUCAAAUUUGAUUUACGGGGCUUCAUCAGAGUCUUCGUCAGAAAGUUUGUGGGAAGAAAUUUUGCAGCUAAUGGGUGGCCAGUAUUCUGAAUUGAGUCGAAAGCCUAAGCAGCAGGAUAUGUAGUCUAAUUUAUGAUAUCGUUGGUGCUCACUAAACAAAAACUAGUUCUAGAGUUAUAAAGCGAGUCGUGCAGUUAAUGUAUAUGUUAAGCCAAUUGUACAGAAAGUUUGCUGGCUCUUCAAGUUAGUACAUCUUGUUUUAUUUCUUCCUUUUUGUUGUUUUUUUCCUUUUCUUUCUCUCAGUUUUCUAUUUUCCUUCCCAAUAAAGAAGUUGCUAUUUGUGUGGUUCUUGUA